UUAUGGGUACUUGGAUGUACAUAUGUGCAGUAUAUCUAGUGGAAUGACAGUAGUAACAUUAUUUGAAAAGUUAUCGAGUAGUGUUGUAUUUUAUUAGUGAUACAUUACGAUACGCAGCAAAAUUAUAAUGCAAGUUCUAUUUUACGCGAUCACAUUUCUCAUCGUAUGUGAUGUUACAUACGGUUUCUUAUCCAACGACCAAUUACAAUGUAGAGAUGAAAAUAACGUACCGGUGGAUUGGUAUGUGCUGUAUAAGUUGCCGAAAAUUCACACAAGUAGUAAUCCUCUGAUUAGAAAAGGCCUUGCUUAUCUGUACAUAACAAAUCUAACCAUUGGAACUGGCUGGCGAUUGUCCACUAGGCCCAUAGCUUGGAACAAUUCCAUCCCUGGAAUCACAUUAGCGCCUCUUUACGAUCGCGGAAACGAGGAUGAAAAUUUAUGGAAUUUAUAUAACGACAGUCCGCCGUCCUCAGGCGAGGUGUCUCAAAAUUAUGGUCACACGAAAGGUGUAGUGAUGGCAAAUAGAGAUCGAGGCUUUUGGUUAAUUCACAGCGUGCCAAAUUUUCCUCCGGUACCCAAAGCUGGCUUGCAUACCCGUCCAGGAAAAAAAGAAAAUAUCACUAUCACGGGGAAAUACGAUUAUCCAGAAAGUGGAACGUAUUAUGGACAGAGUUUUCUCUGUAUUUCUCUUGGUAGUGAUCAAUUCGACAUUGUCGGCAAACAAUUAAUGUACAACGAAGUAGCGGUGUAUGGAAAAAAUAUUCCCGAAACUCUCGGGAAUCAGUACCCAACGCUGACGAAUGCGACUAAUCAGAAACACAUUAAAAAUCCUCCUUAUAAUCACAAAGCUAUUAUAAAAUCGUUGGGAUCUUUUGAAUUCACAUCGUUCGCGAAGGACGGGAAGUGGGGAAAAGAGUUAUACGCCGACUUUGUUGCGCCACAAUUACAAUCGAAUUUAGACGUUCAGUCGUGGUUGAACGGCCGAGGAAAAUUACCGUCAACUUGUAGUCGUAGAAGAAUUUACAACGUUAAAACUCUGAAAUUCGAGGCGGCCAACGCUGAUUAUACCAGUACUCGUGAUCACUCUAAAUGGGCAAUUACAAUCAACAAAAAAUCAGACGAUCGUUGGGUUUGUAUUGGGGACAUAAACAGAGCCGACACACAAUUUUCUCGAGGUGGUGGAGCUGUGUGUUUCAACCAGCCGCAAUUGUGGGUUAAUUAUCGCGAUGUUGUAAACGACGUAGAGCCUUGCUCUUAGAAUUAAAGAUUUUAGCAUGUUUUAAUAUGUUGAUUGGUAGUUUGAUGCAGUAAAAAUGACCGCGUUAAACGUAGGUAUAAU